UCAACACCGGGCAUCAAGCAGCCUGUUUCCGCCACCACACCUCAGUUUUCCUGUAGCGACCCUCCUCUUUAUAAGCCUCUGCCUACCUCUCGGACUACCAUCAAUGCCCAGCAGCAGAAGCAGCAGCAGCAGCAGAGCGGCGCUUCACGCAACACAAAAACACACAAGCCUUUCAUUCCAUCCCAUCGUCCACAACCCACUCAAAAUUCAAAAACCAGCAGCCUCCAGAGUCCUGCCUAAUUCCAUGGCCAGAGGGAUGAAUCUCAAGUCGCUUCUCAUGCCCAAGGAGAUGUGGGUGUGCCACCAUCCCAAAACCGAGUCCUUCAGAGCGGCAGUUGACAUCUACAGGAGCAUCAACUCCGUGUACAUCGAUUCGGAUGGGAACGAUACGAUCUCCGAGCUCGGCAAUUGGUUCGAGACAGAUUCUUCCGCGGCGUCUACGUCCGAGAUUUCGUCGUCGGAGGAUUCUGGCGACAUGCCGGAGCUGGUGCUGGAGGGCCUGGUGAGAGGGUUGUGUUCGGAGAGGUUCUUCUUCGAACCAGACUGCACCAAGUCGAUAUCAGAUGAAGGAAAGGAGAAAGGAAGCGGCGCCCUGCCCUCGGCGAAGAUGGGGAGCGGUCCAAAGAAAGGAAAAGAAACUGGGUUGUCUCCGUUCAAUGAAAAUAAGAACGUGGGCAGAGGUCUGAAUAGAGAAAAAGGUGAGAGGAAGGCGCUGUUCAAGGAAAAUAAGAAGGUGGGGGGAGCUUCUGUGAGAGAAAUCAAUGGCAGACUUGCAGAGAACAAGACGAAAGAAAUCAGCGGUCCCGUGCUGACUCUCCGGGAACACUUGAUGGUGGAGAGCGAGAAAGACGAGAAGCAAUUACCAUCAUUAAAACUGGAAGAUGGGACGGUUGGAAGCACUGGCUGUGAGAGGGAGAAGGAGGAUGGCGUCUUGAUGUUUGAGGAGACGGAGAAGAUGGAGAGUGUGCCUCAGAGGGAGAAAGAUGGUGGCUUCCAGGGUGUGGAGGAGAAUGCCGGGGUUCUGCCAUUCAAGGAGAGCUUGAUGAUGGUGCUGGAUUCGGAGGACCCUUACAUGGAUUUUAGGCUUUCCAUGGAGGAGAUGGUGGAAGCCUAUGACUUGAGAGACUGGGGGUGUUUGGAGGAGAUGCUGGUCUGGUACUUGAAGGUGAACGGCAAGAGCGCCCAUGGCUACAUUGUCGGUGCCUUCGUGGAUUUGCUUCUGUCGCUUGUGUCUCCUCCUUCUUCCUGUGAAAUUCAUGAGGACGAUCUUGAAUCCUCAGAAGAUUGUGAAGAUUGUCUGUAAAAACUUUUGAAGAUUGAUAUUGUUGUUUGUACAUCAUUAGUUUUUUAGAUGAAUGCCUAAAAAACGCGAGGUUUGUUGCAA